AUGUCGGACCACGAAUUCGGAGGCAAUGACGACCUCUCUCUGCCAAAAGCUACCGUCCAGAAAAUUGUCACGGAAAUCUUGCCGCCUUCCGCCGGCGUCGCCUUUGCUAGGGAGAGUCGCGACCUGCUCAUAGAAUGCUGCGUCGAGUUCAUCACUCUGAUAUCAUCAGAGGCGAACGAGAUCUCUGAAAAGGAGGCCAAGAAGACGAUAGCGUGCGAUCACAUCACAAAGGCCCUCGAGCAGCUCGGCUUCUCUGAUUACGUACCAGCCGUUAUGGAAGCGGCUGCAGAGCACAAAGAAGUGCAAAAGCACCAACAGCGUCCCCGCAUCCCGCGCUGGGCUCGCUCCAAGAUGGGUCAAGAAGAGUCACGCAUGGUGGACGAGUCUACACCGCCACAGACACUUUCCGAGCGCAGCAUCACAGCCGUUGCCGACUACAUCAAGAGCGGCGAUGUCAAACGCAUUGUGGUCAUGACCGGUGCCGGGAUUUCCACCGCUGCAGGAAUUCCGGAUUUCAGAUCCCCAAAGACUGGGCUGUAUAACAACCUUGCUCGCCUAAACUUGCCUCACGCAGAGGCCGUUUUUGAGAUAUCGUACUUCAAAGAGAAUCCUGAGCCAUUCUACGUGCUCGCCAAGGAGCUGUAUCCUGGCAAAUUUCACCCUACAGUCUCACAUGUGUUUCUGUCGCUUUUGGCACAGAAGGGUCUUUUGCACAUGCUUUUUACCCAAAACAUCGACUGUCUGGAGAGAGCUGCUGGUGUACCUCCAGAAAAGAUUAUCGAGGCCCACGGAAGCUUUGCCACCCAACGAUGCGUUGAGUGCAAAAAAGAGUUCCCUGACGACGAGAUGAAGACGCAUGUUCACAACGGAGACGUACCUCGAUGCAUAGACCGGAGUUGCAACGGCCUUGUCAAGCCAGACAUUGUUUUCUUCGGAGAAGCACUGCCGCGAGCAUUCUCCGAGCAGAGCCACAAAGCAGCCAUGGCUGACCUCGCCCUCAUCAUCGGAACAAGCCUGCAGGUCUAUCCCUUUGCCGGCUUACCACAGAUGGUGCGGGAGUCCAUUCCGCGUGUUCUGUUUAACAUGGAGAAAGUUGGGCAGAUCGGAACCAGAGCAGACGAUGUCGUGUCGCUUGGACCCUGCGAUGACGGUGUCCGCCAGCUGGCUGCCGAGCUUGGCUGGGGCGGUGAGCUGGAGAAGAUGUGGCGUGGCAUCGUUGGCGAAGAGGAGGCUGAGAGGCAGCUACGAAGCCAAAAGGAGCGCAACAAGGAGGUCGAUGAAGAGGUUCAGAGGCUCACUGAGAAUGUAGAGACCGCGCUGAGAAUUCACGACGAGGACUCAGCCAGCAACGAGGCGGUGGCAUCCAAGUCACGCCAAUCAGAGGAAGCCGAACCCAGUGAUAAUGUCUCGGAACAGAGUGCAGAGGCGUCUGCAAAGACGGAGGACGCUGGAGAAGGAAGUGAACUGCCGCCACCACUACCAGCAACUGAAAAGGAUGCAGAUGCGAGCACAACGGACGAGUCAGCUGAGAAGAGCGACAGUUUUCCCAAGUCGGCCCUUUAA